AUGCAGGGCUCGGUCGGCAAGUUCGUCGAGAUCAGCAUCCCGUGCGGCGGUCCGGCCGCCGGCGAUGUGGUCUCCUUGGAGAUCGCGUUCGACGACCACGCGUGGACAGUGCUCUUCGAGGCCAUCGUGCUGUACCGGGCCGCGCCGGCCGAGGCGGGCGGCGCCGGCGGCGCGCCGCCGCGCGAGAACUACCACGCCAGCAGCGUGUUCGAGUACCCGGCGGAGGGCGCCCGGCGGUUCUCCUGGCCGCGGGUCGCCAGCGCCCGGGACGUCCAGGAGCGCUGCGCCGUCGGCGGGUACGCCACCGUCGUGUGCGGCCUCGCCGUGCUGCGCCACAACCCCAUCCCGGCGCUGCCGUCCACCUUCGCCGCCGACGUCGCGAGCCUCCUCGAGGCCCGGAAGAAGUUCGGUGACCCGGACGCGUCGUUCGCCGUCGGCGGCAAGACGUUCGACGUGGUCCGCAAGGUCCUCGCGGCGCGGUCCCCCGUCCUCAGGGCGGAGCUGGACGGCGGCGCCACGGUGACGGCCUCCACGUUCUGCGCCCUGCUCCUCUACCUGUACUGCGACCGGCUGCCGCGGGGCACCGAGUGCGGGUGCCCGGUGACCAUGGACCUCGUCCGGGACCUGCUCGCCGCCGCCGACUGGUACGCGCUGGACCGGCUCAAGUUGCUGUGCGCCAGGAAGCUCUGGGACGGCCUGUCCGUGGCCACCGUCUCCAAGACGCUCUGGUACGCCGACCGGUACAGGUGCCCGGAGCUCAAGAGCCUGUGCAUCGACUUCCUCGCCGUGGGGGACAACUUCAAGAACGCCCUCCGCCGCGGGGGGCUCCGGCUGGCCGACGAGGAGCUCGCCGCCGGCGGCCCUCGGGACCUCGAUGAGCUCAGGAGAAGGAGCAGCUGCAGCUCGUCCUCCGGCUCUGUCUCAAAGAAGCGGAAGGCACAGGAUUAA